AUGUCCUUCGCCAUGCUGCGCUCGGCGCCGGGGCGCUUCCUGUACCCCGAGAUCAGCGCGCUGUCCGAGGACGAGGAGAACAGCGAGAGCUCGGGCUCCGAGGAGAAGCCCUUCCACCUGGAGGCCGACGCGUUCGGCAUCAAGGGCGGCAAGCGGCGGCCCGGCAAGAGCCGCGGGAGGCUGGCGCGGGAGCCGCGGCAGCGGCACACGGCGAACGCCCGCGAGCGGGACCGCACCAACUCGGUGAACACGGCGUUCACGGCGCUGCGCACGCUGAUCCCCACCGAGCCGGCCGACAGGAAACUCUCCAAGAUCGAGACGCUGCGCCUCGCCUCCAGCUACAUCUCGCACCUGGGCAACGUGCUGCUGCUGGGCGAGGCGGGCGGCGGCGGGCAGCCGUGCCACGGGGCGCCAGCGCCGGCCUCGGCGGCGGCGGCGGCGGCGGCGGCGGCGGCGGCGGCCGCGUUCUGCACGGCCGGGGCCGCGUCCCCAACCGGCCGGGAGAGCGAGAGCAGCCAGCAGCCCCGGCAGAUCUGCACCUUCUGCCUCAGCAACCAGCGCAAAAUGGUGAGCGGCGGUGCCGGGAAUAGCGGGGAUAGCGGAGAGAGUGGGGAGAGUGGGAAUAACGGGGUGCGGGAUAGCGGGAAUGGGGUGCGGGAUAGUGGGGGAUGCCCAGCCCCGGCAGAUCUGCACCUUCUGCCUCAGCAACCAGCGCAAAAUGGUGAGCGGCGGUGCCGGGAAUAG